CUAAUACAUAGCCCCAACAGCUCGCGGGGUAAGGAAACCAGGCAUUAAACCAAGCUCCACCCGUUUACAACUCCAACUAUCUGGCAUCUGUGAAGCUAUCUACAACUCUGCAGUAAUCCCUUUCAACCUGCGACUUGUACUCUACUUCGUUGUUUACAUACGUCAAUCAUCUAUCACUAUCACUCUCAACAGAAAGCACCGCGCCUCCUCAUCUAAGCUUCAGAGCGGCUGUUGCAACGCACAGUCUGACUCCGAGACCUGUAUCUACAGCUAACACAGCUUGACGAUUAUCAUCGCAACCAUGAUUGCAUCUCAGCUAAGCCGAAGCUCGCGCUCGGCGACAGCGGUCCAGUCGGUCACUCGCGCCUUUACAACCACAGCCAUCCGGCCGAAGACGCCGUCACUGGCAGACGUGACCAACAACGGUGUCGAGUCAUUCAACGCGAAGCAGAAGGAAUUCCGCGCCGAUCUCGCUGCAAAGCAGAAGCCCAAGUUCGAACCAAGUAAACUAAGCAUAGCUGCAGAACCCGUCGGCCCCGAGGGCGAGAAACCGACUGGCAAGCUAUCUUCGCUUAUCUAUGGUACCAAGGAGGGGAGAGAGAUGGACCAGCAGAUUGAGCAAUCCUUCUCUCAGGUUCUUGCAAGAGGCAAAUAUGUGCAUUCGAUUGUGUUCCACGAGGUCAAGCCGGAUAAGGUCGACGAAUACGUAGAGCUGGUCGGUAACUGGUAUCCGAAGAUGGCCAGCAUGCCGGAGAACAAGGUUCACUUGGUAGGAAGCUGGCGCACUGAAGUUGGAGAUAGCGAUACCUUUGUCCACAUCUGGGAGUACCAGAAAUACGACGGUUACCACUCCUCCCUCCACUCAAUCGCCAACCACCCCGACUUCCCCGCCUUCGACAAGAAGCUCAAGACCCUCAUCACCUCCAAGCGCGUCUCCCUGAUGCAGGAAUUCAGCUUCUGGCCCACCAGCCCACCGCGCCAACUCGGCGGCCUCUUCGAGCUGCGCUCCUACACACUACACCCCGGUAACCUGCUGGACUGGGAGACACACUGGCGCAAGGGCCUCAAGGCUCGCCGCGAGGUGAUGGAGGGCGUCGGCGCGUGGUUCGUGCAGAUCGGCGACCUGAACACGGUGCACCACCUCUGGCAGUUUGCGGAUCUGGAGGAGCGCAAGCUGAGGCGCGAGAAGAGCUGGGGGGUGGAGGGGUGGGGAAAUACGGUGCAUAAGACUGUGCCGCUGAUUCAAACGAUGCAGUCGAGGAUCUUGAUCCCGAUGCCGUGGAGCCCGGUUGCUUAGAGGGUGGGCAUAUGGGGGUAGGGUGAUUACGAGAUUGACUGUUGAGUGCCAGCUACGCAGGCCGGUGGUGGUUCCAAGCGUCUGAGGCGGGGACGGAUUGUUGUACGAGCACUUGGAGUAGCAGAUUGGCACCUUUAUGUCACAAUAGUGGUAGAUUACAAGCUGCCAGUUCAGUUUGUAUGUACCCAUUUCUAAGCAAGCAGACAUACAUAUAGUACGAGGGAGCAAUAAAUACAUGCCCUUCGUAACCG